UUUGAAAAAGAGAGGAUCGUGAUUAGUUCUGGCUCGUAUUCAAACGAUUGUGUAGCUAUACCUUUUAUAAAAAUCGACAAAUUACGUAAGGUACUUGCCAUUGAACCUAGUCACCUACAUCCUACUCAAAGAAAAAAAAAAAAAAAAAACGUAUUUAUAGCAUAUUAUAUAAGCCGGAGGGCAGAGGGCCGGACCGAGUGGUCGAUAUUUGAAAUGGAAGGUGGGUAUGGGCAAACGCCGCCUGUAUCAGCGCCGGCGACGCCUGGAACGCCCGGAGGUCCGCUAUUUACGUCCCUGCGAAUCGACUCUCUGUCGUAUAGUGACCGCAAGUCAAUGCCCCGUUGCAAGUGUCUGCCUGUUGACGCUCCAUCACUCGGUGCACCUCACUCCUGUUUCACUGAUUUCCCUGCUCCCGACAUCUCUCUCACCCGAAAGUUGGGAGCAGAAUUCGUGGGAACGUUUAUCUUAAUAUUCGCAGCAACAGCAGGGCCAAUAGUGAACGAGAAAUACUCAGGAUCGGAGUCACUAAUCGGAAAUGCAGCAUGUGCAGGGCUAGCCGUGAUGAUAAUAAUCCUUUCCACCGGUCAUAUCUCCGGAGCCCAUUUAAACCCAUCUCUCACCAUCGCAUUUGCAGCACUCCGUCACUUUCCAUGGGCACAAGUCCCUGCUUACAUCUUAGCACAAGUAUCAGCCUCCAUAUGUGCUUCGUUUGCUCUCAAAGGCGUCUUCCAUCCCUAUAUGUCCGGUGGUGUCACCGUCCCUUCCGUCAGCACCGGCCAAGCUUUCGCCCUUGAAUUCCUCAUAACCUUCAAUCUCCUCUUUGUCGUCACAGCUGUUGCUACUGAUACUCGUGCUGUGGGAGAAUUGGCGGGUAUUGCAGUUGGAGCUACUGUUAUGCUCAACAUUCUUGUUGCCGGGCCUUCGAGUGGUGGUUCAAUGAACCCAGUGCGUACAUUAGGUCCAGCAGUUGCAGCAGGGAACUACACAGUGCUAUGGGUAUACCUAUUGGCACCGACCCUUGGAGCCCUUGCCGGAGCUGCAGUCUACACAUUGGUCAAACUUCGAGCUGUCGAGGGAGAGCCACCACGUGAGGUCCGAAGCUUUCGUCGCUAGAUCGAUGCUGCCUGCUUGGGUAUUGGCACAAAGGUAUAUACAAUAUACAAGUACUAAUAAACAGGGGUGUAAUUGCUUACUCUUGGGGGAUGUGAGUGUGUGGUGCCAAAUAUUUCGUAUAUCUUAUAUGGUUUGCUAGGUUGCUUAGACGAGUAAUCAUGUAUGUAUUUUCAAAGUUGUGUUAUGUAAGAUCUUUGUUUAAUUAAUGACUCUUGAAUUAUAUGUUUGAUAUUUGUGAGUCCAUAAUUACUUUCAAAAGAGUCCUUCUUGUAACAUAUAUAGAGAGAUAAGAGACAUGUUGCGCCCACGCAUGACACUAACACUCGACUCCGAUACCAUGUUUAAGAUAUGGGAGUCCUUGAUUUUGUA